AUGUUAACUGCUCCUUACUCUAUUUUGCAGAAUUCGAUUUCAGACGUGCUCGAGACGCUUAGGUUCAAAGCGUGUGCUUCACUGAGACCUUCUCUGGACGCCAACGUAAAUGGACUUGCGAUAUUCCCAGAGGCUCUUCACGAAAAGUCCUUUUUUUCUGGCUCCUUGAUGGCACGGGCUUACACUGAUUUUUGGACGGUACUUUAUUUCCACGGUAACCCUGAUGACCAACAGUAUGUUGACCAGAAGGACCCUUCUAUUCGGGCAUUCUUCCGUGUUGUCGAACGUGUUCCUCCCCCAAUCUACAGCUCUGACCAGCCAGACUCUUCUCUGUCGCCAAUAUCCGAGAGUUCCAGUGACAGUCACAGUGCCAGUGGAUGCGAGAGUCUGGUGUCUGCCACAAGUCGACCUUCUACCCCUUCGCCCAGGCCGCAAAGCUACCUGCCGGAGUCAGCGCAGACAACACCCCGUGUUCAAUCUCCUUCUGUUUCUGAUAUACAACUAAAUCCCUCGGCACAAACUCUUGCUCUGACCUCUCAGGGUUACAUUCUCACCUACCCACCUCACAAUCCACAAACACCCCAACCACCACCUCCCCCUUCCACCAGCGGCCACGACACCGCUACUCUCGUCCCCAGCAAACGUCCUGUCUCUAGCUCGCCAACCAAACUGAAUGCAACCAACUAUGCGUGUAUAUACCGUAAAAAUCCCUCCCAUCGACGCAUGUUUUCCCGCUCCGACUCUUCAAUAAAAGGCACCUUCACCGUCAAUCCAUUUUUAAAAAUUCCUGCCGAGAUCUUACCACCUCUGCGGCGGAAUGAGACAGAGGUCGAUCGGAAAAAUCUCAGGUUAGAAGUGGAAAACGGCGGCAUUGACGUUGACCUAUACAUUGUCGGUGAAACUCCUUUGAACACUUACGCUCCGAUUCCUCGGACGACCAUACACCUCGGGUUAUUUGGUGCUAAAGAGAAUUCCGGAACAUUCCCUAUCAUAGCUAGAAUCCAUACGCCAAAUCCCAACCGCCCAGCAUUUCACUUGACUGCCAAAGCCCUCGAUGGCUUUGUGCUUUUCCACAUUCCUCGUUCUUACCAUGGUAUAAUUAUCAUCAACUGUAGCGCCGGUGACUUGAACAAUCACAUCGCGCUAUCGAUCGGGAUGUAUGACAGUUCCACGAUCUUAUCUGAAUCGGGACAGGCAAGAAGCUAUUUUGUUGGUGAAAUGGGUGACUGGUCCAGAGAUGGGGAUAAAAUUGAGUUGAUAAUGUAUAACGGAAAAGCCUUCUUGCAGUACGAGGAUGAGGGAAAGAAGGACUGGUCGAAGAAAAAAGGGUGGUUUUCUUGA